AUGCUCUUCAUCGUUUGCUCCUGUACAGAGAAUAUCAUCCAGAUAGCACUAACCUCCCUCCGCGAACCAUUCCGCGGUCCCGAGGGCAUGGGCACCGUCUAUCACCUGGAGCUCCGCAACCCGCAGAAAAACUCGGCAAACAGCACCGCCGCAAGUUCAGACGUCCUCGUCGCCACUUUUGUUAUAUCUUUAGGUAAGUGCAAAGGAUGA